AUGCAGAGGAUACUGCUCACCUUUGAUUCUAAAAAGCUUCCAACUUAUAUGAUGUCCUUACGAAGCUAUCUGACUAAUUAUAGAAUUUUCAUCACAAGAGUUUUUAUCAACACUAAGAUUUGCCCUCUCAUUCCCUACUCUUCAGUUAAAAGGAAAGCAAUUAAAAAUGAGAGCAUUCCAUCUACUACGAGCUCUACCUCUCCACCCUCAGACUUAAUUAGUUGGACAGAGACCCCCAUGCCCCUCCUAUCAAAGGCUACUCAUCUUGAGAAUUCGAUGGAGCAGGAAUUACUUGUCUCCUUCUCCCAUCUGCCAAAAGCCGAACAAACAGAGAUAACGGACAGACUAGAUGAGUUAUUACUCUAUCUCCGCAACUUUGAAGAUCUAGCGCCCACAAAAGAGGCAAAUAUUCCACCUAACUCGGAGCGAAAAAUGGGUCAUGAAUCUCCUCAGGUCACGGCAGAACACACACCCCUACUCUGCCCAUCUGAAAUCCACGCCGAAAUCUCUGUGGCGCCCCUAAUCACAUUACCGGAGACUCAACCAUUCAAUGGUUGCAUCUUCCACGACUCCGGGAAAGCCCUAGAUGCUAUUGAAGAGACAAAAUGA